CGCAGAAAUCGCGUGACCGGGUCGGUUUGCUACGAGUCAUCAAUAUCCUGGAUCCCUUUCUGGAUCCCAUCUGGAUUCGUUCGGAUGCGGCCUGAAUCAACAUCAGUAUGAGGAACAUUCUUUUUUCCUUCUUUUUGGGGGCUUUAUUGCUCUUGGACGGAGUGUUUGGUGUUGAUGUGACCGUGUCCGUGAUGAAGGGAGAUUCAGUCACUCUACACCCGUAUACUGUAAUACCAGCGGGGGAUUCAGCUGAGUGGUGGUUCGGUGGUGAAUUCAUAGCUAAGAUUAAUAAAGCAGAUGGACUCUUCUCUACAUCUGAGGGUGAUGAUGGGAGAUUCAAAUGCAAACUGAAUCUGGACAAGCAGACUGGAUCUCUGACCAUCACAAACAUCACACCUGACAAUGCUGGACUCUAUAAACUACAGAUCAUGAGCACAACUGAGACAUCCAAAAUAUUCAGUGUUACUGUCACCGAUAAUGUGGUGUCAGUGUCAGUGGUGGAGGGGAAUAAUGUUACUCUACGCACCGGUGUUACUGAUAUACAGGGAGAUGAUCUGAUAGUGUGGAAGUUUGAAGAUCAAGUCAUCCCCAUCCCACGCUCAAACGACCCUGUUGUCAAUGAAUGGAGAAACAUUUAUCUGAAUGGUCGAACUGGAGACCUCACCAUCAGUAACAUCCGAAACGAUCAGUCUGGAAACUAUGAAGUCACCACCAGAAGUAUGAUAUUACACAAGACUUUCCAUAUUGCUGUUGAGAUCCCAGAGGGUUUCGCUUUUUCGUCGGUCGGGACUGGGAUCGGAAUUGGGAUCGGGAUCAUGAUCGGGAUCGGGAUUCUGAUCGGGAUUGCGAUUAUGGCUAUGGGGGUCAAGCUGGGUUGUUUAAAAGUAGCCUGACCCUGCAGGAACAGUAG